AUGUGCAAAGUGGAGAAAAGACCGCCUGAGAGGGAAACCGUCGGCUUAGACAUCAACAGACAACGGCCUCGUGGGGCAUCCACAACCAGAAACACACAAAUGCACACAUCCGCGAUUGACAUGGGGCCUGACCAAUGCGGUGGAACAUUGCGCCCUGGCAGGCAGGUGGACAUAGACAGUCCGACGACGCUGAAGGCCGGUUAUUACUCCCUUUUUGCACUGACCGCGAAUAGGGAGUACCAGAUGCUGCACAGAGGAUAUGUUACUCUUUUCAUUUAUCAACCAAACAUGGUCGGCGAGAGGAUCCGCGAAGAGCUGAAAAACUUCGUCUUUAAGAAGUUCAAGCUGUUCAAUGAAUAUGGUAAGUGA